GGAAGAUAAACCGCAAAAGACAAUAUUGCACAUGAUUUGCGUACGCAUCGGAUGAGCAGGAGAAGGAAAUUCCUCUCCACUAAAAGUAAAUAGGAAUAGGGGAUCGGAGUUUGCCUUGCACAGACUUAAGUCAGAGAAAUAUCAAGCAGAGACAGUUGUUAGAGAUUCUUCCUCUCUCAGUCUCCUCCGCUGCAGACUGAAGAUGCUCUUGGACGCAGGACCACAGUAUCCCACCAUUGGAGUGACUACUUUCGGCUCCACCAGGCAUCACUCAACAGGCGAAGUUACAGACAGAGAAGUGGCGUUGGGUAUCAAUCCGUUCGCCGACGGUAUGGGCGCUUUUAAAAUCAACCAUAGCUCCCACGAUCUCGGCUCUGGGCAAACGGCGUUUUCCUCGCAAGCGCCCGGUUACGCCGCCGCUGCCGCCCUGGGACACCAUCAUCACCCCACUCAUGUCAGCUCGUACUCCACCGCCGCCUUCAACUCCGCUCGGGACUUUCUCUUUCGCAAUCGGGGCUUCGGAGACGCCACGAGCGCGCAGCACAGUCUGUUCGCCUCCGCCGCUGGAAGUUUCGCCGGACCACAUGGACACUCUGACGCCGCUGGGCACCUGCUCUUCCAGGGACUGCACGAGCAAGCGGCCACGCACGCGUCCUCCAACGUGGUGAACAGUCAGAUGCGCCUGGGCUUCUCCGGGGACAUGUACGGCAGGGCCGAGCAAUACGGUCACGUCGCUAGCCCCAGGUCCGAGCACUACGCCUCGACUCAGCUGCACGGCUAUGGCCCCAUGAACAUGAAUAUGGCUGCCCAUCACGGGGCAGGGGCCUUCUUUCGGUACAUGAGACAGCCCAUUAAGCAAGAGCUCAUCUGCAAAUGGGUCGAACCGGAGCAGCUGACGAAUCCGAAAAAGUCCUGCAACAAAACGUUCAGCACCAUGCACGAGCUCGUGACCCACCUGUCGGUGGAGCACGUUGGGGGACCAGAGCAGUCGAAUCACAUUUGCGUUAUUUAA